GUUCUAAUGCUUUUUCUCUCUCCCUAGCUAUUACCAUCGUGGCCCUAUGCGACUGAAUCUCGCCUAAGGGUAGCUUGCUACCCUCGUCACCUCCGUCGGCUGCUGCUAAAGCACGUCGCGCUUGCAAUAGCCCGCGACCGCAGCCAUUAUUCACCAUGACCGCCAUCACAGCGCAUCACUAUCACCAGAGCGCAUAUCCCCCACAGCAGCAGCAGCACGCGCCAGGUACUUCAUCGUCAUCUCGCCAGCCAGCUAGAACGUCGCCGCAUUACGCCGCCGAAAACACCGCUCACAACUCCACGACACAAUCUCCGAAUCACACCACCACCUUACGAUCCACGCGCAACAGCCCUAACCCAGCCCCGAGCUCAGCUAUGCCUUCGCGAUCGGGCACCAACGGCGUUCCUACCGCUGAGCGUGGGGAUCCCCAUCCUGCUCCCUCUCUGAAGAAAAGGGAAACUGAACCAAUAAACGGUCAAACAAACAGUACCGCAGACAGCAGCGAUUCUGACCCUAGAACUAUCGAACGUCAUCAUAAUUUUAAAAAAUUAUCCAUAAUAACAUCCCAGGAUGACGGCUCGGACCGGUCACAGCGUCCCAAGCCACCCUUGGUACGAUCCAAGAGCGACUAUGCUGUACGGCGUGACGACCAGGAGCCUGUUGAGGGUCAGGUCCACGAAUGGGGCGCACGCCAUGGGUUCGAAGAUCACUAUCAGUCGGAAGACAUUAUAUCGCAACUAGCGAACAACUGGUAUAUGUAUUUCACCGACAAGCGCCACGAAACGACUGGGCAGCCCAAGACGCCAAACUACGAGAUUGAGGACUGGCGCAUGAGGGAUCGCUUGAAGACCGUCUCAGCUGCUAUCGCGGUGUGUCUUAACAUAGGAGUUGAGCCACCCGAUCAGCUGAAGACCAACCCAGGCGCGAAACUCGAGGCGUGGCAAGAUCCUUUUGUGCCUCCAGCUACUAAAGCUUUAGAGAGCAUAGGAAAGGCUUUACAGGCUCAGUAUGAAAACAUCUCCGUCCGCACGCGAUACAAGCAAUACCUCGAUCCUUCUGUUGAAGAGACGAAGAAAUUUUGUAUGUCCCUUCGAAAAAACGCGAAGGACGAGCGAGUGUUGUUACAUUACAACGGCCAUGGUGUUCCAAAGCCUACAGCGUCGGGCGAGAUUUGGGUUUUUAAUAAAAAUUACACACAGUAUAUCCCGAUAUCAUUGUAUGAUCUUCAGCACUGGUUGCAAUCUCCCACAGUCUAUGUCUGGGAUUGUUCAGAAGCAGGCAACAUUCUUAAUAACUACCACCGUUUCGUGGAGAAACAUCAAGAAGAGGAAGAAGCGACUGCAGCCGCCGACCCAAAUUAUGAAAAGGUCAAGUACGAUUCGUAUCUUCACCUAGCAGCCUGCUCCGUCAAAGAGAACCUUCCGACGAACCCUCUGCUACCCGCCGAUCUAUUCACCGCUUGUCUUACAACGCCGAUAGAGAUGGCAUUAUGGUUCUUCGUGUUACAGAAUCCCCUCAAGACGAAUCUGACGCCAGAGCGCGCCAAGAAGUUACCCGGUCGGCUGCAAGAACGUAGGACACCUCUCGGAGAGCUCAACUGGAUCUUCACUGCGAUUACAGACACUAUUGCAUGGACGUCCCUGCCUCGGCAGCUCUUCCGUAAAUUCUUCCGGCAGGAUCUCAUGGUAGCGGCUCUCUUCAGGAAUUUUAUUCUGGCUCAAAGGAUCAUGAUGGUCUAUGGAUGUCAUCCUCAGUCGUAUCCCGCACUCCCCGAUACGCAUCAGCAUCCUCUGUGGGAAAGUUGGGAUCUGGCGGUUGAUUUGGCUCUGGCCCAAUUACCAAUGCUCGAGAAGAAGGAGAGCGAAGCCAUCGAAUACGAAUACCAGAGUUCAACUUUCUUCGCUGAGCAGCUCACUGCAUUUGAAGUAUACCUCGGCCGAGGCGACGCCCUUCUGCAGAAACCCCCGGAUCAGCUUCCUGUUGUUUUGCAAGUGUUGCUUAGCCAGCAACAUAGAGUUCGUGCUCUCAUCCUGCUCGGUAGGUUCCUAGAUCUCGGCCCCUGGGCAGUCCAGCUUGCUUUAAGUAUCGGCAUCUUCCCGUACGUUCUUAAGCUCUUACAAUCAGCCGCGUCGGAGCUGAAACCAGUCAUGGUCUUCAUCUGGACACGAGUUCUUGCUGUCGACAUAAGCUGUCAACCAGAUCUCAUCAAAGACAGUGGUUACAAUUACUUCGCUGCCAUACUUAAGCCGUCUGAAGGUCUCCCAGUCGCUAACAGCGAUGAACACAAGGCAAUGUGCGCUUUCGUACUUGCAAUGCUUUGCAAAGGUUACAAGCCUGGUCAAGUUGUCUGCAACCAGACCGAUGUCAUGACAUACUGUUUGGCCCACCUUAACAAUGAUGAGAACGUUCUGCUUCGGCAAUGGGCUUGUCUCUGUAUCAGCCAGUUGUGGCUUGAUCUUCCCGAUGCAAAGUGGAGAGGUAUUAGAGAAAAUGCCCCCACGAAGCUUUCAACUCUGACUAAGGACACCUGUCCCGAAGUUAGGGCGGCGGUUGUCCAUGCAAUGACGACAUUCUUAGGUAUACCUGAUCUCACUGACGAAGUAGCCCGAAUUGAAGAAUCCAUCGCUUGGACGUUACUUGAGAUGGCCAACGAUGGAAGCCCGCUUGUGCGAAAAGAACUAUUAGUGUUCUUAUCUAAUUUCGUACUUCGAUACGAGAACAAGUUCAUUGUUGCGGCUUUCGAGCAGUUGCUAGAAGAAAAAGAGUAUAAUAAGCCUUCUGCGCAAAAUGCGCGAGAUGCCCAGCUCCUUGGAGACCGAGAUGACAGUGGCUUCAUUAAAGCUCCUGCUCAGAGCCUGUCUUUCAAUACAGUCUUUGCAGCUUGUUGGAAGCACAUCCUUGUUUUAAAUGUUGACCCUCAUCCUGAGGUCCAGCGCGAUGCAACUAUAAUCAUGGAUUAUGUGCACAAUGCGCUACUGACCUCAUCUAUUGGUGCUCAAGCUCAGGUGUUAGCUGAUGACAUCCGCAAAAGCGCCCAGAGGUCUCGAGGUCACAAGAAGCAGUUGUCCACAUCCCGAAAUAGUAUGGUUGGUGGACCAACUUCGUACAUGACUCAAUCUGAGUCCUCUCCUGGGCUACUUAAACGAACUGCCAGCCUUUUCUUACAGCUACCAAGUAUCUGGGGCACUGAUGACAAGGCUAAUACCUCAUCUCCUCUGCCAUCUCCCGAUCUCACUCGAAAUCUGUCUCAAAAGCUCCGGUAUCCCGCUGAUUGGAAAGCGCCACCAGAGCAGAACGACCAAGCAUAUAUUCCAGCUCAUUACCAUGUAGCGGAGGAACCAGUAUCUGGCAAUUUUAAGCCACGCAAGCUGCACGAAAUACCUUCACUGCCCCUGAAUAGUACUUUCUUAGACUGGUCCAUCGAGUAUUUCCGCGAACCACAGAUGAAGCCUAGUGAGGCUGAGGAACCUGGAAGCACGGAGUACAACGAACGCCUUUGGAGACGGUCCCGCAAUGAGGCGAUACUAAGAGAAACGCAACCUCAGAAACCUUACGCCGGAGAACAUAGGUGGGGCAAUCAGCUUUGUAUCAUGAAUAAUGGUGCUCAACCCACGAAAAUGACGUUUCACCAGUUUGAGGACCACCUUGCUGUUGCCGAUGACAGUAAUACUGUCUACGUGUGGGAUUGGAAGAAGCAACAGAAGCUACACCGCUUUUCCAACGGCAACCCGGAAGGUUCAAAAAUCAGCGACAUGAAAUUUAUCAAUGAGGAUGACACCGCGUUUCUAAUGACAGGGUCAUCCGAUGGCGUGUUACGGAUCUACCGAAACUACGAUUCUUCAAAGAAUAUUGAGCUUGCAUCUGCCUGGCGGGCACUGACCCAUAUGGUCCCAAGCAAUGUUAAUUCCGGCAUGGUCUUUGACUGGCAACAAGUAACUGGAAGGGUUCUCGUUGCCGGAGAUGUCCGUGUCAUACGUGUUUGGGCUGCAGCAUCGGAGACGUGUGUGACGGAUAUUCCUGCUCGGUCAGGGUCAUGUGUCACCUCACUGACAUCAGAUCAAAUGACUGGCAACAUCUUCGUGGCUGGCUUUGGUGAUGGAGCCGUGAGGGUGUUUGAUACGCGUUUACGGCCCCAGGAAUCGAUGGUCAAGAAAUGGAAAGAUCAUUCCGACAUGCAGUGGAUACGAAGUGUACAUAUGCAGCGUGGUGGCCAACGAGAGCUUCUUUCUGCCAGCCGUAACGGGAAAGUAAAGCUCUGGGAUAUUCGAAUGGACAACCCUCUUCGUGUUAUCGAAGCGUCACGUGAUACGAUUCGAACCGCCAGUACACAUGAACACCUCCCCGUUUUCUCCGUCGGUACCUCUGCCCAUACAGUCAAGGUAUUUAAUCUUGAAGGCCGUGAGCUUUCCCGGAUGGAGCCCUAUUCAAGUUUCCUACAGCAGAACCGCAGUUCUCCUAUCGCUGCCACGGCCUUCCACCCCCACCGUAUGAUCUUAGGAUGCGCUGCUCGAGGCGAUCAUCACAUCAAUCUCUUCACCUGUGCCAGCGAGAAGCCAGAAACGAUCCUGAAUUCGCUAUAGGAUUAGGAUGUGGCCCCAUUAACACCUAUGCUACAGAACUUCAGCCAGGAGCAAAGUGGGAAUCUCCAUGGCUAUUUACAAGAUGAACCAACAGUGUUCUCAUAAUGAUAAUAAUUUGCAUGUAUCAAUCGAUCAGAUUUACCAAGGUCGGUCGUAUCCAAUUCGAAAUAGGCGUUGGAGGAUUGACUCUAUCGGCUACCGGGAUAGAGGUUAUACUCUCGGCGUUAAACCCUGUUUUAUUUUCCCACUAUAUCCCGCGGUGGAUUAAUUUCAUGUAUAGGACUGCUUUAUAAGCUAUGAGAACUUAUUGUUACACAGAUAAUCGACUGGCCGUUCUGCGCGAAUCGAUCUCUUAUCUAGGUUUGUCAAGCGGAGACGAAAAUGUCUCUACGCUCCGGC